UUUGAUUUGCCUUUAGGCUUUUGUUUACAAUUUAGCAUUUAGCAUCGUUUCCUUGUGCCGCAAUUGAGAAAAAAGUUAAAUUAUCUUGAUAUAUCUGUAUUUUCUAAUAGAAACCGUCAUGACUGUAAAUAAUACUAUUGCACACCAGCGUCUUAUUCUCACAGGAGAUCGUGAAAGGUUUAAGGAACUACUUCGGAGAAGGCUGAUUGAGUGUGGCUGGAGGGACCAAGUGAGGAUGCUGUGCAGGGAUGCGGUGAAAGAGACUGAAGGAAACAAUGUAACUCUGGACACAUUGGUGACCCGUGUAACUCCCCGAGCCCGAGCACUCGUCCCUGACACCGUGAAGAAAGAACUGUUACAAAAGAUCAAAACACAUCUGUUAACUCAAAAAGAACACUAAAUAUUCCUAACAACUUUGCACUGUUUACUUUAAGUUAAAAUUGAAUUACUGGGCACUAUCUGAUGUCUUUAUGCAGAAAAUAAUUUAACUACAGUAGGGCCUUGCUAAUCGACAGCCUAUAACUUACGCAGAUACUAAGCACCUUACUUUAAAGUUAAAAAAUAAAUAAAACACAUUUUCUUACAACCAA